AUGAAAGAGACAGAACGCAGCGCCUUGAAAAGCCCUUUAAACCAUAAGAAGCGAGCCACAUGCAGGGAAACUUGCACGUGUGGUUCUGGAAAGGAUGGUGUGUUUCUUGAUAAUGACGACAUCACAGAUGUUAUGCUCACUUGGGGGUUCUGCCUCGUAGGGUAUUUUACCCAACGACAUCCAGGCAAAGAGGCACUCUUGAAGCUGUGCAAUGACUGGAAGGUCCAAUACGACUAUGUCCCGAAUGUCAAUGGUUGGAUCCUUUUCAAAUUCAAGACCGCCGAAGAUAGGGCCAAGGUGCUAGCUGAAGGUCCGUAUCAAAUUUACGGGCGGGGAUUAAUACUCAAGGAGCUUCCCAGGAAGAUUGAAGGCAUCGCUUUGAAGGAAAGGCGUCGGGUCAGACCGCUGGGGAAGGCGACGGAGGGCAGUCGGAUGCUGAAUAGGCCGUCGAAUGACUUGGUGUCCGGGUUGUUGCAAUUUUGGCGGCGCCUCCCAUGGUGGCGGCUGCGGGCGGUGGGGGCUAGGAAGAAACCAGAGAAAUUGAUCAUAUUGCAACUUACACUUUUCUAUUGCUGGGUCAAACGGGCUCUGGCACAACGACUUCAGCUGUUCGACGCCGUUUUGCGAGCUUCGAAGUUUGGGCCAUCAGAAGCUGAAGAACAGGCCGACUGUCAUAACUCAUAUGCCUGA